AUGUGGGCUGCCACGUGGCAAAAAUUAGACACGGAGCAGCUGCGGGCGAGCCUGGUGGCAAGCGCCUGCACCCAUGAUCAGCUGACACUGGCGACACAGGACGUGAGCCAGCUUGCCGCGGCCGCAUGCAAGGCCCUCGCAGCCGCAUGCGACGCCGAGCCCCCACACCCCGCGCCGGAGCCCGGCCCCACGCCGCAGCUGCGCAUGGCGUCCGUCGGCCGCUUCUCGUCAGCCUGCCUGCGCCUCGCCAACGCCCUCCUGUGCUGCGCCGACGUGGCCGGGCCGCUGGUCGAUGCAGGGCAGCAUGCGGCCGCCGCGGAUGCCGCAAAGGCCGGCGUGAAGCACCUGGUCGGCGCCCUCGAGGCGCUCUGCGCGCGGCGCCUCAUGCCGGACGCCCCAUGCACGGCGCUCGACGGUGCGGUUGGAGGCGAGGAGGCAGAGGGGCGCCGGGAGCUGUGCGGGGUGGUCGCGUCGGCCUGCGAGCAGCUUCUCGAGCUGGCGCUCUCAGCGACUGCGCUGCUGACAGGGCGCGGCCCGCCCGGCGCGCCGCGCGAGAUGGUCAGCCUUGCCACCCUCAACCUCGGCUGGAGCAGCCUCGGCCGCCUGAUGGUCGCGCCCCCGCCGCCCGCGCGGCUCACGGCCGCGCCGCCGGCGCUCGUGCGACGCGCCGCGCGCGCGGCGCUGCGGCAGCUCGUCGCCGCGGCGGGCGAGCUGCGGGCGCCGGGGCAGGAGGGGCGGCUGCGGGUGGUGCGGUUCUACCUGGGGGUUGCCUUGAAGAUCCUCGGUACGUCCGCGAGCGCGACGCGCUCGGCCGCCUGGGCGCCGCUCGUCUCUGCGGCGCUCUCGCUCCACGCGGCGGACCGCCGAGGCUUCGCGCCCUCCGAGGCGGCCGCGGCCGGCGCGGUGCGCGAGCUGCUGCUACCGAAGCUGGCGGCCGCGAUGCUGGGGGCGCUGAACGAGGAGGGGGCGGGCCAGGAGGAGCUCGAGGCGCGGCUGCGCGACGUCGCUGCGGCCGCGGAGGGGACAUUGUCUGACGGCGGCGGCAGCGAGUCUCGGGAGCAGCAGCAGCAGCAGCAGCAGCCUUUUGCGACAGAGGAGGAGGUGAGCGAGUGGGAGUGCGAAGAAACGGACGCCUCGGUGCGCCUGCAGGCCGGCGUGCUGCUGGCCGCCGGCCUGCUGCAGCACGCGCCCGCCAUGCGGCCGCCGCUCGCUGAGGCCGCAGCGCGCGUGCUGCUCCCGUGGAUGGUGCGGGCGGCGGGCGUCGCAGCGGCAGACGCGCUCCUGGCGGAGCACCCAGGCGGGCUGUGGCGGCACGUGCGGUGCGCGGCGCUGGCGUUCUUGCUGGGCUGCGCCGCGGGCGGGGCCCCGCUGGAGGCGGCGUGGCGUGUGGGCGUGCAGUCGCUGCAUCUCCUGGCCAUGAGCCCCCACCCCGUCGUGGCGCGGCUGGCAAGCGCCGUGCUGUGCGGCGCGCAGCAGGCCAGCGCCUUGGGGCCGCAGGAGGAGCAGCUGGAGGCUGCCCUGGGGCUGCUGGAUGAGCUGGCAGCCGGGGAGGCGCUGGCGGGCGCGUGCCAGCUGGAUUCGUUGGGGCCGGCGUCGCGGCUGGCGGCACAUUUAGCGGCCAUGUUGCAGGCGUGCGGGCCAUCACCAGCAGCCCAGUGCUUCACGCAGCAGCGGCUCCUAUCGCCCCCUCCGCCGCCGUUGGACGCCUGUGCGGCUGCCGUGCUGGCCGGGCGCGUGCACGUGGUGUGGCUGGCACGACCGCCCGAUGAGGCGGACACAUCCGGGUUUUUCAAGGGCUGCCUGGACCUGGUGAUCAGCCAGGCGCUGCCAGUCAUCGCCGUGCUACAGCAGCAUCAGCAGCAGCAGCCUGGUCUGAAUGCUGCUGAGCUGGCGCUGCUGGAGGCGCACCUGGGUUGGCUGCUGGAGGGAGCGCAGCUGGCGGCGCAGCGGGUCCAUGACCGGCCGGGGCAGGAUGCUGCAGCAACUGCUGCCUUGCAGCAGCACUCGGCAGCGACGGCCCUUUCGGCCCUGGCGCUCCCGAGCAGCGGCGCAACCGUGGCGCACCCGGGCCCCCAGCGCCCCGCGCCGGCCUGCUACGUCGCGCCGGCGCUGCGCCUGGUGGCCGCUGCCGGCUCGGUGCUGCAGGCGGCGGCGCUUGAGGGCCUGCAUCAGCCCCUGGGAUUCCUGCUGCAGUGGGCCGGCCAGCAGCAGCAGGGGUCUCGCGAUGGGAAGGGCGGCGGCCUGCUGGUGGACAUCGCAGCAGCCGCGGGGCGGCUCGGCGGCUCGCAGACGCAGCCGCAGGCGCUGUUCCGCCACCUGCUGUCCUGCCCGCACUGGGCCGUGCGCGCGGCCGCGUUGGACGCGCUGGUGCUCUACUCCCGCACCAGCGCGGUGCACAGCACCUUCCUCGGCCUGAUCCCGCCGGCGUGCAUGGCGGGGCCAGACGCGGCGACGCUGGCGUUUGUGGCGGUGUUCAAGGCGCACAUGGGGCGCAGCCAGGAUGAGGAGGCGCAGCGCGUGCACGAGGAAUGGAUCAGCAGCGGCGGCCUGGCCGCGGCGUCGCACGCGGUGCAGCUAGAGCGGUCGCUGGCGCCGCUGGCGGCCGAGGCGGCGGCCGGCGUCGCUGGUGUCGCGCAGGCCCUGGCAACCGCAGAAGUCGCCGUGGGCCGCCUGCUCGCCGCCGCGCGCACGUCUGCGCCGCUGGCGCCCGCAGAGCGCGGCGUCGUGGGCGGCCAGGCGCGCGCCCUGCUGGGUGACCUGGCCAGCGUCGCCAGCCGCGUGCGGGGGCUGAGGGACGGACUGGAGGGGGCGCGGGACGCCUGCGGCAGCGGCGGCGCUGGCGGUCUUGUGGGGUGA